CACAACCGAUAGAGAAGCUCAAUUUGAAAGUCGACUCUUCCAUCAGCUUACAGAACUCCUCGGGGUUAAACGUAUUUGUAUGACAUCCUACCAUCAAAUGGCAAACGGAAUGGUUGAACGCCUGUAUAGGCAGUUAACAGCGUCCCUUACAUCUGUAAUUGUCAACAAUGAUUUAGCUAAUAAGCUUCCUCUAGUCAUGUUGGGUCUAAGAACAAUAAUUAAACAGGAUAUGGGAUGUUGUCCAGAUUGGUUGGUAUAUGGAAUUACUCUAUGUUUAACCGGGGGAUUUUCCGCUUCAGAUAAAAGUGUUCAGAUUGAUGUAGCCAACUACGUGCAACGCCUGAAGAAGCACAUGAACUAUCUAAAAAUAACAAUUCUCAGACUACAACAACGACGAGUGUUUAUACUAAAGGAACUACGUAAUAGCACUCAUGUAUUCAUUAGAGGAGGUAAUGUACAACCAACUCUGCAGCCAAAUUACGACAGUCCGUUUAAAGUGAUUACGAGGACAGAUAUGGCAGUUACCGUAGAAAAAGCUGGGAAGACAGAUUUAAUCAGCAUCGAGAGAGUGAAACCAGCUUUCAUAGAUAUCGAUUUUCAGUCGACAAGUACAGACCCCUCAAAGACGUUCACACCAACGAAACACGAGUCUCAAGAAUCAACGGCGCUAAUGCAGUAAAAGGAGGAGACUCCAGUAACGGCAAGAUAUGGUCGACGAGUAAGAUGGCCGCAAGGAUACAAAGCUACGAUUUCGAGUUAAUAAUUUUUUUCACCUCUUCAGAUGUGAAUUUUGUUUUUCUCCCUUUGUUUUGUGUGUACAUAUCGAAAAUUUUAACUUAUCUAUUUUUAUAUUAGACAUAUUCUGUAUAUUCUGAUGUCAAUGUGUAUAAACUUCUAAAAGCACUACUGUAUUCUUUUGAUCUUUCGUUAUUAUCUUAUC